UCAUUCCGCGGGGUAUAUCCCCGACAGGAUCCGUGGAGGUUUCCGACAAGUGCUACUCGAUCUGCUAUACGGCAGCGGCCGGGACUGCCGGUCGUGGGUCUGCGUCUCGCUGCUCAUCCUCCGAGAGGCUGCAUGCGGAGGGAACUCGCUAGUGCCGAGGUUCCGCGGAGUGCCAAGCGGGUGCUCUUCGCCAGCGGGGACGAGCAUGACCUUCUCUUCCCCGGCUCUUCACCCCCAAGGGCAGCGACCCCAGGAAGAUCCCUAGGUCGCCCUAUAAGGCUACAACACGAUGACGUGGAUCGAAGCGCCGGUGCUCCAAUCCAGUGGAGGGGUGGCGCCGGAGGUGCAGGCCCAAAGCACUACCCAAAAGGAGGCGCCCCAGAUGAGCAACACACGUCGUGUUCCUCCCGCUCAUGGAGGACGCGCUCUCGGUCGCCGGUGGUUUCGUUCUGUCUAUGGCGAUGGGUUGCUUCUUCUUCUCCGUUCGUGUGGUCAGGUUUCAGGAGCGGCUGAGAUCCAUGUUGAGAGAACAUGAAGGUCCCUUAUUUGAUGCUCUCAGAUCAAAAUACCUUGAAAGGUAUUGCGGCUCC